AGUCAAUUGCCCGCCAUUUUACCUGCAGCGUUCGUGCACGAAGCUGAGGGUGGGGCUUAGUAUAAACUGAAUACAAGUAUAAAUUGCCACAUUUGGCUCAAACAUCCCAAGCCUUCGUCCAACUGCAUGGUGAUUGAACUAUCACCAAAGUGUGACUUCUUCGAAGUACAAUGUUUCGUGGAUUGCAAUGACUUGCCACUAUACCCGGAAAUCAGCGAGCUUUUACUUUUAGACGGGACAUAAUCAAGAGGCUGACCUCAAUUGGGCUUGCUAAACCACGAGUGUCCAAGUAAAGACCUACCUUGAUGUCUGCAGAUUCCGUCUGGAGAACAGAAACAGUACUUGAUCAGUACUCAACAGUGAACUGAACAGUUGUCAGUGCUGUGUCGUGUUGAGCGCCGUGACGUGGUUGGACACCUGUUUGAUGUGCAAAUCAGAUUAAGCAAGAGUAUCUUACUGAGAAUGGAAAUGGCCGAGUUAGGAAGUGUGAACGUGACCACUGCAGCGACACCAACUACAACUAAACCACCUGGCUUGAGUAUUGGCGAGAUCACGGCCAUUGCUGGUACACUUAUAGCAGCCUUGGCUCUUCUCGCGACAGUAUUGGGAAUGUAUCUCAGUCAUCGCAAAACAGGUCAAGGAAAUGGGCAACAACGAUUACCAACGGAGGAAGAGAUAGAAUUAAACCCAUCAAAUGCUGACACAGGAACAAGGCACAAGGUAUGUUGCUGUUUCUCCAGAGUGGUAACCGUUCUGGAGCGCUGUCAGCAGCAGCUUAUCCAGUACUACAAGGACACAACAAGCACCAUCCCUGCACACCCCUUAGAUCCUUCCAGGACCGUGGCUAUUGAUCAGUUCUUUUCUGAAGUUGAACUCACUCGGAAAUUAGAGGGUAAUGAGAUGACACAAGAACCCAUUCAUUUACAGAAGGGGACACGAAAUGUAGAUAAAUGUAAAACAAAGCGCCUAGACUCAUGGGUAGACAUGUUUCAAGAUGUAGCCGGAAAGCUUAGAAUCCUUCUUUCAGGAUGGGCAGGAUUUGGCAAGUCUACUCUUUUAUUGAGAGUUGCAAAUGCGAGUACUGAUCCAAAUUCCGUGAUGGCAAAGUUCAAACUUGUGUUUCUAGUGAAGUUGAGGGAAAUGAAACAUACAAAUUGCGUCCUUGAGGCCAUACGCGACCAGAUUUUACCAAACUUUAAGAAGGCAGUUUUGAAGAAACUUAUUGAUGAUAACGAAGCCGAAACAGCUUUCAUACUGGACGGAUUGGAUGAGAUUCCUCUCGAUGUUCUGAAUUCUCCAACACCUGAAGGUGGCUAUGGGGUCAAGGAUAUCUUGCACAACAAGGUGCUGAGACAUAGUACUGUCUUAGUAUCAACUCGGCCACACAUGGUUGACUUUGCAGUUAAGGGAUUCACACACUUCGCCCGCGUUGAAACAUUGGGCUUUAGGCUCGAAACUGCAAGGAAAUACAUAACAUCCUACUUUGCUAAAAACGAAGCCGACAACCACGGGAAAUCGUUAAUUUCACACGUGACAUCCAACCCAUUACUGCAAACACUGGUUCAGAUUCCAAUCAUUGUACUCUUUUUGUGCAUAGUUUGGGAAAAUAUGUCGAAAUUGCCUGAGAAAUUAACGGCACUUUACACAGAGUUUGUUGAGGUUUUAGUCAGUCGCCGGUGCAACGAAGGCGAGGACAAGGUGGGGCUGAUGAAUAAAGUCCUACGUGGACUGGGGCGAGUCGCUCUGGACGGGUUACUAGACCCAAAGGGGGAAAGGCUGGUGUUCUCCUCAGAGGAAUUUGAUGAGAAAGACUUGAAGGACGGUUGUCGAUUGGGUUUCCUUCAACAGGAAAGUUUGACGAGUGGCUUGAAGAAGUUGAAGGUAGUAACAUUCUUACACAAGUCCUUCCAAGAAUUCUGUGCAGCAUACUACUUUGCCAAUCUGCAUCACACAGACGAAGACAAGUUUCAUGAGAGUUUAAAGCAGAUCAAUCCAGACAAUGUCUUCGCAAUGAAAUAUCUACUUCAGUUUGCAUGCGGCAUAUCGUCGGGGUCUCCAGCUACUGGGCUCAUCCUACAGUACGUACAAAAACAACAUGCGGGAAUGUGGCAUAAUAAAGACCUGCAAAAUCUGGUCCGCCUCUUGUUGUUGGAGUCUGGUUCUGACGAAAUGGCCGAUAAGCUAGACCGACCAACUGACACAGAUUGUGAUAGUCAGGAGGAACUGUUGGCCAUGCGCAAUUACUUGCAGUGUCUCCGUCAGCCACUAGUAGAACUUGAGGAAUUCACUGUCCACUGCAGAUCGCAUGAAGAAUUGGCGCUGUUGAGUGAUAUUGAUAAACUACUGCAUGAUGACACUAAAACAAAAAUUGUUCUAAAUAUCACCAGUAGUUGGCAUGAAUGCCUGAAGCUGCUGAGAGAGAUACCAUCGAGUGGUAACACCAGGGCAACUGUUUCUUACACCAUGUCAGAGAAAGCGAACGAAGAGAGCCAAAGGCCUUCAGAGAUGGAUGAGAGGCUUUGUGAUCAAAUAAAGCUGGAACUGGAGAUUGAUGAGAUAUCUCACUUCGAUGAGUAUGAUUUAGGAUCCCUGUCCCGUGUGGGCAAGCAGAUCAUCGAGGCAGUCAGCCUGAGAGGGAGACCAUAUGAUGACGUCAUUAGACUAGGGAAUGCACUGGAUGGUUUUGAUAGGUUGAAUGAUGUAAGGUUGUGCAAGACCAACCUUCACGGCCAUCUGGGUGUUGUAGCCCCUCUUGUUCUUCCAUCCCUGAAGUCGUUGUCAUUACGCUCAUGUGGACUGAAUGAUGAUGACGUCCCUGACCUGAUCAGCCUCCUCCCUGUCGGGCAUGGUUUGCAGUCGCUUAAUGUUGACGGCAAUGCAUUCAGUGCAGAUGGAGUGGAUACUCUUACCACUCACCUCAAGAAUCUGCCUCUAGAAUUGUUGUUGCUUUUUUACAUAGGUGACGAUGCAGAGCGUGUCGAGCAGGUGGUUGAGCGAAAUCUUCCACAUGUCACUUUUUCGUAGGUAUAACUGAUACAAAUUAUGACCAAGUUGUUGCUUUUUAUUUUCACAAUUUGGAGCACAACAUUUCAAUCGGACCGUUUGGUUAUUCUACUCGAGUCGACAAAUAAGUAUUGCUGUCGACAUUCUUACUAAGACAUAUUCAUAUUAUAUUCCUAAAUCACAACGUUGAGAAGUAUACAAGAAAUGAAUGACAAAUGAAAAUGAAUGUGAAUAUACAAUGUUCACCUAUGAGACAUUUCUAAGCGAAUUCAGACGACGCAUUGAAAAAAGUAAAAAAAACCGGGGGGAAAGCAGUAACAAAAGCACGGAGGAAAAGUAAGAUCCAUAUGUCAUCAUAGAUUGACUAUAAGCUUAGUAAAUUGAUUCAUGGUCUGCAUAUGUCCUCUAGGGUUUCUUUGAGGAUUCUGAAUGGUAGCUGCUUCCAUUAGACCCCUGGAAAUCUGAGGUGGUGACUCUCAAUGCACAACCAUUCGGUUCGAUUUCCCUCAAGGACAAAUGAUACAGCUGCAUCACGUGGUUUCUGUCAAGAACUGUUCUCUCCUAUCCCUUGCUCUCCUAUCCUUGCUUCUUACACUUGAAUUUCCUUCCUGUGAGAUUCACAUCCAACUAGGGUUUCUUCGGGGUGGUUUUCAAAUGCAAUUUUCUCAAAAUUAAGUUUUACAAUUGGUAAUAAAGUUGGCAGUCUUAUUUAUGAUACCUAACCCAGCAACCCUUAUGCUUUAUACCAUUGGAAACCUCUUGUUUUGCAAAAUCCAGAUAUAUAAAUAUGUCAUUUCUUUAAAAGUCCGAGUUUAUGCUCAUUUCGGGGAGGCAGGUCACACGUACUUCUGUCUUCCAAUUUGCUAUCAUAAUGUUCAUAUUAUUUACAGAAGACACAAACCAAAGGGAAGAGGUACACUUAAAUAGUACAGUAAAAUAGUUGUUAAAAGGUUCAAAUUUGUAUUAUUUUUUUCAAGCGGAGAACUAAAUGUUAGUGUUCGUUAGGAUUGCUCAGCCUGUUUUUCUAAGCACCAUUAUCGUUUAUUUGACAGCUAAAGACGAAAACGUCAGAUUUUGCAAUCGUGUACAGAAUUUUGCAAUCGUGUACAGAAAACUGUGUGUGUUGCCGAAAAUGUAAAAUGAAACCAAGCAGGAUUUCAUUAAUGUGCAUAAGAUGAUUGUACAUGUACAUGUAUUUUCAUUGUAAAUAACACUGAUGUGAGAAAACGUCAGCUUUGAGGCUAUGUAUUUGGGAUCUUUGCAAUCCUUUAAUGGAAGUGUUAGAUGAACGCGUGUAUUUUAAACAAGACAGGUAGAGAAAAUGUCAAUUUUUGGAACGAGUUUCCUGUGUAAGAUAUUCUCUGCAUUCAGUAGACCUAGUCCUAAUUUUAGCAGCACCGUGUGCCUUCAAUGAGAAAUCAAAUCAAGCAGGUUUCAAUUAUACCCAGAAUGUUUUAGGGUGUUUUUUUUUUGCACUUUGACAAGUUGAUGCAAUAAAACUUUAGCUUAAGAAACACGUCUUUAUCUGUAUGUACAAUCAUACGACAUUGUUAAUAUUGCUCAUUGCCUGUACGAUUAUUGAUGUAUUUUGAUUAAUGUACGGUUAUUGUAUAUAACGGCUGAUGAAAGGAAACAUCAUCGUUCAGAACGAGGUUAAUUUUCUCAGAUAAACUCGCAGAUAUAUUUAUGGUACAUGUAUUUACAACUGUUUCUUUUCUACCUGACUUGAAACUGAAACAAAGAUUUCCAUCUAUUCCGAGUGUAAUACUCACUAAUUUUAAGUUGAAUAAGACAACCUCAGCUUUAUGUCACCAAGUUUGUAUAAAAUUGAAAAAUGUGUGCAUCGUGAACGGUUUAACCAUUAUCAUAUUCGUCGGAGUUUGAUUUAAUUAACCAUUUAUUAUGAAAUGUAGGUUUGAAUUCCGAAGUUUCCACCAUUCUUUUGGACCUGAAUACUUGUAAAACAGUGAAACGAUGUGAUAAUCUCUUCAAGUUAUUUUUAUGACCUCUUUAAUUAAGCAUCUCUAUAGUGGCAAUCAGGAAAAGUUCAGCUUUCCAAAACUGUUACGUUUAUGAUUGGGGUUUUUGGGGGGUGUACAUCGCUAAACAAAAACACAAAGCUAUACCUUUUAUUCGUUUUCUUGACAGAUCAAUUCUGCAGAAUUGCAUCCAUGUUUGUUUUUUUCUUUUUUCAUAUACCAUUUUAUAAUUUUCUUGAAAUUGUUCGUAACGACAACAACCGACUGUGUGAGAGAACUUAGUUGAUACAUGAAUGUGAUUAAUUUGAUGAAUUUCAUUAUGAUUGCAUGGUUUAGGGUUAUCAUUAUUCCCUCUUUUGCACAUUAUUAUGCAUCUUUCUCACUCCCUCAAUACUCACUUACUUGCAGUUGAAUAAAUGAACUUCAACUUUAUGUCACCAAGUUUGUACAUGUAUAACAGUGAAAUGUUUGUGUCUCGUGAACUGUUUUAACCAUGAUCAUCUUUGUCGGAGUUUAUUGUAAAUAAAUAUUUAUUAUGAAAUGUAGGUUUCUUGAAGAAACUAUGAAAUACGAUACUUGAACUUAGAUUUCUAUAUAAGCACUUGUUUAUUUUUUUUUUUGGGGGGGGGGGAGUUAUUCCGGAAAAAGUCACACAUUUCUGGAUUGGAUGUAAGGAAACAUUAGAGUAGCUAUGCAAUAAAUGUUUACAUUUAUAAAUAUUUUUAAUGCUUAUUGUAAAAUUUAGCUUGUAUGACAGGAAUAUUUUUAAUAGACUUCUAUAUUUUUUGUAACCCUUAUUUCAACUUACACCUGGAAA